AUGGAGGAGGUCUCGGUGGUGGUGGUCUUUCAUCGCCCACUUGGUUAUUUUAAGGGUAAAGGGUUCCAUGGAGGAGGUCUCGGUGGUGGUGGCGGUUUUGGUGGCGGCGGAGGCGGAGGUUUUGGCGGUGGGUAUGGUGGAGGAGGUGGGUUGGGCGGUGGAGGAGGGUUCGGGCAUGGUAUUCAUAAAAAGGGUUUUAGACAUGGAGGAUUGGGCGGCGGUGGAGAGUUGGGUGGUGGUGGAGGGUUAGGCGGAGGAGGUGGUUUGGGUGGAGGUGGAGGGAUAGGGCAUGGCAUUUACAAGAGAGGUUUUAAGCAUAGAAGAUUUGGAGGUGGUGGUGGUGGUCUUGGUGGCGGUGGAGGAUAUGGAGGAGGAGGUGGUCUUGGCGGCGGUGGAGGCGGUCUGGGAGGAGGAGUUGGCGGUGGGUAUGGAGGAGGUGCCGGGGGAGGCUUUGGUGGCGGUGGUGGUGCAGGGGGUGGUGGCGGAUUCGGAGGAGGAGCAGGCGGGGGAGGUGGUCUCGGUGGAGGUGGAGGCUUUGGUGGCGGAGGCGGUUACGGCGGAGGAGCAGGAUUUGGAGGCGGCGGCGGCGGCCACCACUAAAUUGUACUGUGAUAAAAUAUCUAUUUCUUAUCGGAAAUAAUAUGUUUAGUUAUCCACGUGGGAUAGGUGGUUUUAAAUUACGUAAUUUUAAAUUUAAUUUAAGAAAAAAAAAAAUGAAAUGGCGGUCGGAAAUUUGGUUGGAAAAAAUAGUGAUCGGGAAAAUGGCCGUUUAUAUCCGUUUGGGACCAAUACGGUGCGUUUUGGACGACGGAUCUAGGACCGAGUCUUCUUCAUGCAUGCAGUAUGACGCUAAUGCUGUAAAGCAAUGUUAUUAAUUUGUGUGUUUUCAUGUAUUAUUUUGUUGCGUCGUUUCGUACUUGUUUGCUGUCGUUUUAUUUAUUUAUGAAUAUUUGUAAUUUGAAAUUAAAAUAAUUGAAUAAUUACACAUUCAUAUUCGGUUCUGUUGGA